GUUGCCUGCUCGUGGAACAGGAAUUCAUUACGCGCCGUCUACUGGCGUAGUAUAUAAAUCAAUUUCUGGGUUAAGUAACGGCGUUUUCGAUCAUAUCCUGGAUUCUGGAGAGAGAGAGAGAGAGAGAGAGAGAGAGAGAGAGAGAGAGGGUCUUGGAGCUGAAACCUGAAGCAGCAGCAGCAUCAGUUCUUCUGGUUUUCUAAUCUGUUUAUUUGUAACUGAAGAUUGGCGAUUCAGGGUUUCGAUUGAGCUGAUUAAAGUGUUAUAAACUUAUAAAUUUAUUUGGGAUGUUAUGAUCGUAAGUAUGCAUAUAAUGUGGCGAAUUUAAUGGUUUUGGAGGUUUAUGUUUAUAGAGAUUUAUGUAAUACAAGAAUUUGAGUUGCUUGUGUCGUUUAAUUUACGUUUUGACCAUGGAGAAUCGGGGGUCAGCAUCUCUCUCACCUGAAGCAAUGGAAGAUCUGCUGUAUAAGGAGCUAUGGAAGGCAUGUGCGGGUCCACUAGUAGAUGUUCCAAGAGAUGGAGAAAGAGUUUUCUACUUUCCUCAAGGCCACAUGGAGCAAUUAGAGGAAUCCAAUAAUCAGGAAAUCGAUCAGAGUAUUCCUCACUUCAAUCUCAAAUCAAAGAUUCUCUGUCGUGUUGUUUAUACUCAGCUUCUGGCUGAACAAGAUACAGAUGAAGUUUAUGCUCAAAUCACUCUACUUCCAGAAGCAGAUCAAAGUGAUCCUACUAGUCUUGACAAAUGCAUUGAUGACCCUCCAAAGGCAAGUAUUCACUCUUUCUGCAAAGUCUUAACAGCUUCAGACACAAGCACUCAUGGUGGUUUUUCAGUGCUCAGAAAACACGCAAAUGAAUGCCUACCUGCAUUGGACAUGUCUCAGCCUACUCCUACUCAAGAACUUGUAGCUAAAGAUCUUCAUGGGACUGAGUGGCGAUUUAAGCAUAUAUUCAGAGGUCAACCGCGAAGGCAUUUGCUUACAACAGGAUGGAGUACUUUUGUUACUGCUAAAAGAUUGGUGGCUGGGGAUUCAUUUGUAUUCCUUAGGGGCGAAAAUGGAGAAUUACGUGUUGGAGUCAAACGUGUUGGUCAACAACAUAACUCCAUGCCAUCUUCAGUGAUUUCAAGCAGAAGCAUGCGCCUUGGUGUUCUUGCAACUGCUUCACAUGCAGUUUCUACACAAACCAGAUUUGUUGUUUACUACAAACCAAGGACAAGUCAGUUUAUCAUAGGCUUGAACAAGUAUAUUGAAUCUGUAAACAAUAAAUUUAGCAUUGGCAUGAGAUUUAAUAUGCGGUUUGAGUGUGAAGACUCUCCAGAAAGAAGGUUUACGGGUAUGAUUACUGGAGUAGAAGACCUUUCUCACCAAUGGGAAUGCUCUCAAUGGCGCUCAUUGAAGGUCCAAUGGGUUGAACCCACAUCAAUAGUGAGACCAGACAGGGUUUCACCAUGGGAGAUUGAAACUGAAACUCACGCCACCACAUUUAUUCCAACAAGUUCGGGUCAACCCGUGGGCGUGGGAGUGGGACCCAACAAAACUAAAAGGCCUCGACCUCCGGUCAACCUCCCUCUCCCUAAUGUUGACUUAUUAAAGAAGUCUGAAAACGUUUCUACUUGUAGAUUAUUUGGUUUUGACUUAAAGAUUGUAGUCCCAUCUGUUGAAAGACAUGAACCUGACCAAAAAGAUUGCAAACAAACUGGUUUGACCCGGACCCGCACUAAGGUUCAAAUGCAAGGAGUAGCAGUGGGUCGUGCAGUGGAUUUAACAAUGCUAAAAGGGUACAAUCAUCUCAUAGAUGAACUUGAAGAGAUGUUUGAAAUCAAAGGGAAGCUUCGGUCAAAAAGUCAAUGGGAAAUUGUGUUUACUGAUGAUGAAGGAGAUAUGAUGCUCAUGGGUGAUGAUCCAUGGCAGGAGUUCUGUAAAAUGGUGAAACGGAUUUUAAUAUGUUCGUGUCAAGAUGUGAAAAAAAUGAGUUGUGGAAGCAAACUGCAACUUUCUUCCUAUUUAGACAAUGAGCUUUCUGGGUUUAGCUUGGAGGCUGCUGAACAUUGACAAAAUUGCCCUUUUUUUUAUUUUUUUUUUAUUUUUUAAUGUUUUAGUCUCUUGAAAUCAGGUGUUUGAAUGUUUGAUGUAGUUUCUUGUGGUUGUAAUUUAUGUUAUUUGCUUAA